AUGAGUAUCCCUUCGUCGUCUGUAUCCUGCGUCGAGGAAACCGCGAACGAUUCGCAUUCUUGCUCCGCCAAUAUUCAAUUCAUCUUUUUCCAUCGAUUCGUUCCUACCCAACAGUCUCCUUCUUCUUCAAGCUCGGUCGACUCAAUUCAACUUUCAAACGAUUCGUUCCCACCCAACAGUCUCAUUUUUGUUCAAGCUCGGCCAAGCUCAAUUUCAUUCGGAACCACCAUGUCGAACUUCAUCAUCUCACAAACCGACAUUGACGCGAUGUGCUCGCAACUUGAGCCAGACCCGGACCCAGGCACGUUACCACAAAUAGACGAACAGGACGACGAAAACGCAGACAUCGUUCAGAAGACACGACAGACGACUCUGUCGUUUGUGCCGUCUGCGAUGAGUUCCUCGAGACGAACAGUACUGAGGCAACCUUUGGAUCGAGGCGAGUUUCGACAGCGCUCGGAUGGCAACAAUGUUUUCAUCGACAAGAUAAUGAAGGGAGGAUACACACCGUUCUUGUUGGAGCUCGUACGACAGCAGCGACUUAUCCUCAAGUCCGAAGAGGUCGACGAAGACAUACUGUUUGGUUGUUUCUUUCGAAUCAUCAUGGGUAUCCACUCCAAAGUGUUGAUAGGGGUUAUGCAAGGGGACAUAGCUGAGCGAUACCAUGCGGACAAGGAAACCAAGCAAAUACUGGAUCUAUUACUGGAAGAGGCCACUGGAUCCAAAAGACCUGGUAUCUACUGCAAUUCCAUUGGAAGAACAUCUGAUGGGUCGGCGUUAUCGAGAAACGAAUUGAUUAUUGUUGUCGAAAAGAUGCAAGCCUAUAUCGACAACGACAGCGACAAUAUUCAAUCAAAUAUUGACAUCGACUCCGUAAAAGGAAUCUGGAAGCACGCCCACCAGAGAUACCUCGUUAAGCCUGUUUGGAGGGUCCAGAUCGAGAGAUUUAUUGACGGCGUAAAAAAACGGCUUUUGACCUCUCCCUCUCACACUCCAGAUAGCCCUAUGGAUUCAGCAAUUCUCGAAUUCGGAUACGGCCUGUACAUCCCUGAUCGACUGAAGGCUCAUAGAAGCCAUACCGACUCCAAUUACAUCAUGAAUUUAUUCGAGUCGAUCUGCCAUGUAAUGUGGCCAGGAAUUUUUCGACUACACCAGUUCGCUAUCUUCCUGGUCGUUACACCAGACGAAGCCGCGACUUCUGAGAUGGUAUUGACCCUAUGCGGAAACGGGUAUCAUUCCCAUGGUACGGGUUUCUCCCAUCACGCAGCCGGACAGUCGAGUUCGAAGGCAUUCCAACUGUUCAAACCACGGAUGACUGCAGAGUUUCUUGAGUGGUCGAUCAAAAACGGGCCAUUGGAGGCAAACGUUGCAGCAUGGAAUGAGGAUAACGCCUAUGGUGCGUCGGGCGAGACGGAGAACACAUCAAUGACGGAGAACACGUCAAAGUUGAACGAGCUUGCUGUACUCGAGGAAGAGGCCAAGGUGGUAGCAUUGACAAUCUGUCAGCAAGAGGGUGUGCUGGAUCUAUGCGAUGAGAUCGAUGACAUCGUUGGUGAAUUCGAUGUUGAGUCUGGAUCUGGAUAG